CGCUGAGAGUCAGAGAAGCGGAGGAGUGCAACAGUAAAGGAGUACGGUGUAUUUAGCCGUUAUAACUUGUCCUGGACAAGGAGUCCACUAUAUGAAAAGAGAAGGAGUGGACAUUGACACCGUUCAGGAUCGAGUGAGGAGCUGGAGCGUGCUCAGUGAGGUUGGGAAGACGUCAGCAUGGCAGUCUCCACUCAGCUGGGUUUACUGCUUUGGAAGAACUUCACCUACCGACGGAGACAGACUAUCCAGCUGCUGAUCGAGAUCAUAUGGCCCCUUUUCAUCUUCUUCAUCCUGAUCUCAGUCCGAAUACAUUAUCCACCCUAUGAGCAACAUGAAUGCCAUUUCCCUAACAAGGCCAUGCCCUCAGCGGGCACCCUGCCAUGGGUACAGGGCAUCAUCUGUAAUGCCAACAACCCCUGCUUCCGUAAUCCUACCCCUGGCGAGAGUCCCGGGGUGGUGGGAAACUUCAAUGAUUCUAUAAUCUCCCGUCUCUUCGUUGAUUUCAAGAAGAUCCUGCUGUACACCCAGAACGAUAAAAGCUACGAAGGCUACAAGGGCCUGUUGAGGGCCCUCAGGAAGCUGCAGAAGAACACUGCCCGUUUCAAGUUGAAAGACUUCUUGCGAGACAAUGAGACCCUUUCCCACUUCCUGCACCACAACGCCUCCCUUCCUCGUCACGCGCUGAAGCAGAUAGUGGAGGCUGACGUCAAUCUGGAAAAGGUGCUGACCAAAGGAUUCGGCUUCCACCUCAGAGACCUCUGCAACACCACACCUCUGGAGGAGUUUGUUCACAUUGCUGACCGCAACGUGUCCCGUCUGACUCAAGAAAUUAUCUGCAAGUCCUCUGGUGAUUGGCUAAACAAGGCCCAAAGCCACUUCCUGUCCAACUUGGACUUCCUCAAACCGAUUCGGAAGGACGUGAGCUCGGACCCCAAAGUCGUUCAGGAGGUCUCAGCUGCAACCGACUAUCUUCUGGAGAACCUAGGAGCACUGGCCGUGGAGCUUUCCAGUAUGAAGAGUUGGAAGGAUAUGCGUAAGGAGAUCCUGUAUCUGACUGCAAAUGCCACAGGCUCUCCAAACCAGAUGUACCAGGCCGUGUCACGUAUCGUCUGUGGACACCCCGAGGGAGGCGGCCUCAAAAUCAAGUCUCUCAACUGGUAUGAAGACAACAACUACAAAGCCCUGUUUGGAAACCAUGGCAACGACAGCGAUAGUGAACCACUUUCCACUUACGACAACUCUUCCACUCCCUAUUGUAACAACAUGAUGCGGAGUCUGGAGUCCAGCCCUAUUUCCAGGAUGAUCUGGAGAGCUCUGAAACCUCUGCUCAUGGGGAAGAUCUUGUACACGCCAGACACUCCAGCAACACAGAGAAUCAUCCACGAGGUUAAUAAGACGUUCCAGGAGCUUGGUGUGCUGAGGGACCUUGGAGGAAUGUGGGAGGAGAUGAGGCCCAAAAUUUGGAACUUCAUGGAGAACAGUGAGGAAAUGGACUUGGUCAGGACCCUGCUCCGGAAUAAUGCCAGUGCUACAUUCUUGAAAGACCAGCUCAGUGAGACUGAGUGGCGUGUGUCAGAUGUGUCACAAUUCCUGUCCAAGAUCUCAGAGGACCAAAGACCUGCAGGUUCUGCCUAUACCUGGAGAGACGUCUUCAACGAAACCGAUCAGGCCAUACAGACCAUCUCACGUUUCAUGGAGUGUGUGAACCUUGACAAGCUGGAGCCUGUAGCUAAUGAGGAAAGACUGGUCAACAAGUCCAUGGGUCUUCUGGACAACCAGAAGUUCUGGGCUGGAAUCGUGUUUCCUGACAUCACCCAUAGCAACAGCUCCGACUUGCCACCCAAUGUCAACUAUAAGAUCCGCAUGGACAUUGAUAAUGUGGAGAGGACAAACAAGAUUAAGGAUGGCUAUUGGGACCCUGGUCCCAGGGCAGACCCCUUCGAGGACCUUCGGUACAUCUGGGGAGGAUUUUCCUACCUGCAGGAUGUCAUCGAGCAUGGAAUCAUCAGAGCCAUCACUGGCGCCAAGGAGAAGACAGGCAUAUACAUUCAGCAGAUGCCCUACCCCUGCUAUGUUGAUGACAUUUUCCUCCGGGUAAUGAGUCGAUCAAUGCCUCUAUUCAUGACCUUGGCGUGGAUGUACUCAGUAGCCAUCAUCAUCAAGGGCGUGGUAUACGAGAAGGAGGCCCGGCUCAAGGAGACCAUGAGGAUCAUGGGACUGAACAACGGCAUCCUAUGGCUCAGCUGGUUCAUCAGCAGUUUAAUCCCCCUCCUGAUCAGCGCUGGCUUGUUGGUGAUGUUGCUGAAGAUGGGCAACCUGCUGCCUUACAGUGACCCAGGAGUGGUGUUUCUUUUCCUGGGCUCCUUUGGCGUAGUAACCAUCAUGCAGUGUUUCCUCAUCAGCACCCUGUUCUCUCGUGCCAACUUGGCAGCUGCCUGUGGUGGCAUUAUAUACUUCACGCUUUACCUGCCCUAUGUGCUGUGUGUCGCCUGGCAAGACUACGUGGGAUUUGGAGCAAAAGUUGUAGUGAGUCUGCUGUCUCCUGUGGCUUUCGGUUUUGGCUGUGAGUACUUUGCCCUGUUUGAAGAGCAAGGGGUGGGCAUCCAGUGGUCGAACCUGUUGGCCAGCCCUCUGGAGGAGGACAGCUACAACCUGACCACCUCUAUCUGCCUCAUGCUGUUCGACGCUGUGCUCUACGGAAUAAUGACCUGGUACAUCGAAGCUGUGUUCCCUGGACAGUACGGGAUCCCCAGGUCUUGGUAUUUCCCUUUCACUAGGACGUACUGGUGUGGAGAGAAAGAGAACAAAAGCAUCUCCACCCCUCUGUCAAAGAAGGGCAAUGCUCAAGCUGUGUGCAUUGAGGAGGAGCCAGGCCACAUCGAGCCAGGUGUUUACAUCGAGAAUCUGGUGAAGGUCUACAGUCAUGGAAACAAGCUGGCUGUUGACGGACUGUCCCUGAGGUUCUACAAUGGACAGAUUACCUCCUUCCUUGGCCACAAUGGAGCUGGCAAGACCACUACCAUGUCAAUCCUGACGGGGUUGUUUCCACCCACUUCUGGCACAGCCUACAUCCUCGGCAAGGACAUCCGCACCGAACUGAGCACCAUCCGACAGAAUCUCGGCGUCUGUCCCCAGCACAACGUCCUUUUCAGCAUGCUGACAGUGGAGGAACACAUCUGGUUCUACGCCCGUCUGAAGGGCCUGCCAGAGGAGAAGGUCAAGGCUGAGAUGGAACAAAUUGUGAAUGAUGUCGGACUGCCUCACAAACGCCAGUCUCGCACCAGCACGCUGUCCGGUGGUAUGCAGAGGAAGCUGUCAGUGGCCCUGGCUUUUGUUGGGGGCUCAAAGGUUGUGAUCCUGGAUGAACCUACUGCUGGGGUUGAUCCGUACGCUCGCCGGGGCAUCUGGGACCUGCUUCUUAAAUACAGACAAGGCCGCACCAUCAUCCUGUCCACGCAUCACAUGGAUGAGGCUGACAUCCUGGGUGACCGCAUCGCCAUCAUUUCCCAUGGCAAGUUGUGCUGCGUAGGCUCCUCGCUCUUCUUGAAGACGCAUCUGGGUACAGGCUACUACCUGACCCUGGUCAAGAGAGACUACGACUUGACCCUUCAGUCCUGCAGGAAUUCUGCCAGCACCGUCUCCUACAGCAAGAAGGCAGAGAAGGAGGACAGUGUAUCAGAGAGCAGUUCAGAUGCUGGCCUGGGCAGCGAACCAGAGAGUGAAACCACUACUAUUGAUGUGUCCCUCAUCUCCAACGUGAUAUUCAAGCAUGUUCCUGAGGCUCGUCUGGUUGAGGACCUUGGCCACGAACUCACCUAUGUCCUGCCCUACCAGUCAGCUAAAGACGGAGCCUUUGUAGAGCUCUUCCAUGAGCUGGAUGACCGGCUCACCGACCUUGCAAUAUCCAGCUAUGGAAUAUCUGAUACCACCCUGGAAGAGAUUUUCCUGAAAGUGGCUGAGGACAGUGGAGUGGAUUCUGUUGAGCUUUCAGAUGGAGUGGUGCCCACCAGGACUCGUCGCCAUCAUGCAUUCGGAGACCAUCAGAGCUGCCUGAAGCCUUUCACAGAGGACGACUUUGAUUUCAAUGACUCUGAAGGUGACCCAGAAUCCCGUGAGACCGACUGGCUCAGUGGAACAGAUGGCAAAGGUUCAUACCAGGUCAAAGGCUGGAGUCUAAAGAGACAGCAGUUUGUUGCACUACUCUGGAAACGAUUCCUCUAUGCUCGGCGCUCCAGGAAAGGCUUCUUUGCUCAGAUUGUUCUCCCGGCGGUGUUUGUGUGUAUUGCUCUGGUGUUCAGUCUGAUUGUUCCUCCUUUUGGAAAGUACCCAAGUCUGGCUCUGGAUUCUAGCAUGUAUGGAGAACAGUUUACCUUCAUCAGUAAUGACUUACCUGAGGACCCUCACAUCAGCAAACUACUGGGAGCUCUGACAGAAAAACCAGGGUUUGGAACACGCUGCAUGGAAGGAGAACCCGUACCAGACACCCCCUGUACAGCAGUUGAGGAUGAAUGGUCGGUCCCGCAAGUCUCCGAAAGUGUGAAGGACAUGUUCGACAAAGGCAACUGGUCUAUGGAGAACCCCUCUCCCUUGUGUGAGUGCAGCUGUGGAGGACGCAAGAGGAUGCUUCCAGAAUGUCCUGCUGGUGCUGGCGGACUUCCACCACCACAGAUGAAGAUCAGUGACAAAGACACCCUUCAGAAUCUGACUGGAAGAAACAUCUCAGACUAUCUGGUUAAGACCUACGCUCAGAUCAUUGGCAAAAGCCUGAAGAACAAGAUCUGGGUUAACGAGUUCAGAUAUGGUGGUUUCUCAUUGGGCGCCAAGAGUUCUCAGCUUCUGUCCCACACAGAUGAAAUCGAUGAUGCAAUUAGUCAGCUGAGGAGACGCUUCCAUCUGGAAAGAGGAACUGCAGCAGAUCGUUUUUUUCACAGUCUCUCCAGUUUUAUCCAAGGAUUGGACACCAAGAAUAAUGUCAAGAUCUGGUUCAACAACAAGGGCUGGCACAGCAUCGGCUCUUUCCUCAAUGUCAUGAACAAUGGCAUCCUGCGGGCGAGUCUGCCAGCCGACAAAGACCCCACAAAGUUUGGCAUCACUGCCUACAAUCACCCGCUCAACCUCACCAAGGAGCAGCUGUCACAGGUCGCACUGAUGACAACAUCGGUGGAUGUGCUGGUUUCCAUCUGCGUGAUCUUUGCCAUGUCCUUCGUCCCUGCUAGCUUUGUAGUUUUCCUCAUCCAGGAGAGAGUUAACAAGGCCAAACACAUGCAGUUCAUCAGCGGAGUGCAGCCUUUCCUCUAUUGGUUGGCCAACUUCAUCUGGGAUAUGUGUAACUACAUCGUCCCGGCCACACUGGUCAUCAUCAUCUUUGUGUGUUUCCAACAAGACGCCUACGUCUCCUCCACCAAUCUGCCUGUGCUGGCCCUGCUGCUGCUGCUCUACGGAUGGUCCAUCACCCCUCUGAUGUACCCUGCCUCGUUCUUCUUCAAGAUCCCCAGCACGGCCUACGUGGUUCUGACCAGCGUUAACAUACUGAUAGGAAUCAACGGCAGCGUCUCCACAUUUGUACUGGAGCUGUUUGGAAGCAAUGAAAUCGGUGGAAUCAACGACAUCCUGAAGAACGUGUUCCUCAUCUUCCCUCACUUUUGUCUGGGCAGAGGAUUGAUUGACAUGGUGAAGAAUCAGGCAAUGGCCGACGCCUUGGAGAGAUUUGGUGAAAACAGGUUCCGCUCCCCUCUGGCCUGGGACAUGGUGGGAAAGAACCUCUUUGCGAUGGCCAUAGAGGGUGUGAUCUUCUUCUGCAUCACCGUCCUUAUUCAGUACCGCUUCUGCAUCAAGGCCAGGUCAUCCACCAGUCACCUGAAGCCUAUUGGAGAAGAAGACGAGGACGUGGCCAGAGAGCGACAGAGGAUUCUCAGCGGAGCAGGACAGUCAGACAUCUUGGAGCUCAGGCAGCUCACCAAGAUUUACAAGCGGAAACAGAAGCCAGCCGUGGACCGGCUGUGUGUCGGCAUCCCCCCUGGAGAGUGCUUUGGUUUGCUGGGAGUGAAUGGGGCAGGGAAAACCAGCACCUUUAAAAUGCUGACAGGAGACUCUGUGGUCACCAGUGGAGAGGCCUACCUGGCCGGCAAGAGUGUAAAUACAGAGAUAGAUGAGGUGCAUCAGAACAUGGGCUACUGUCCUCAGUUUGAUGCCAUCAACGACCUGCUGACCGGCAGAGAACACCUCGAGUUUUACGCCAUCCUGAGGGGAGUGCCUGAGAAGGAAGUCUGUGAGGUGGCAGAGUGGGGCAUCCGGAAGCUGGGCUUGGUCAAAUAUGUGGACAAGGCAGCGGGCAGCUACAGUGGAGGAAACAUGAGGAAACUGUCUACCGCCAUCGCUCUCAUAGGAGGACCACCUGUAGUCUUUCUGGAUGAACCAACAACAGGGAUGGACCCUAAGGCACGCCGUGCUCUGUGGAACGCAAUCCUGAGCAUCAUCAAAGAGGGACGAUCUGUAGUCCUGACCUCUCACAGCAUGGAGGAGUGUGAAGCACUUUGCACCAGAAUGGCCAUCAUGGUCAACGGCAGGUUCCGCUGUUUGGGCAGUGUGCAACAUCUUAAAAACAGGUUUGGUGAUGGAUACACCAUCAUCCUGCGGGUGGCCGGCCCAGACCCAGACCUCCGGCCAGUGAUGGAGUUCAUCGAGCGGGAGCUUCCUGGCAGCACGCUGAAGGAGAAACACCGCAACAUGCUGCAGUACCAGCUGCCCACCUCCCUCACCUCCCUCGCUCGCAUCUUCUCCCUGCUCUCUAAGAACAAGGAGGCGCUCAGCAUAGAAGACUACUCCGUCUCCCAGACAACUCUAGACCAAGUGUUUGUAAAUUUUGCCAAGGACCAAAGUGAUGAGGACCAUUUGAAAGAUGUCCAUCUGAACAAGCGGGACGCUGUGGUUGUGGACAUUUCCCAGCUAAACUCUUUCCUCACAGACAGCAAGACCAGGGAGAGCUGUGUGUGAUUCCACAACAUACCAUCAGUGGGAGUCGCUAGGCUUCACCCACCGUCCCCCAACCCAGAAAAUAUGGACCACUAGCCAGCGGGGGAGACAGACUAUGGUCAACUUUUUUUAUUUCAAUUUUUUAGUCUUUUUUAAUUGUUAUCAUUUCUCAGUGGACCUGCACUUCAGCGCACAGCUUCUUGACAAGGCAGAGACUGCAGGUAUUGUGAGAGACACUGAAACAAUGAAAACUCAAUGCAAAUCAAUGCAAGAAAUAUAUAUAUAGAUCUAUUUAAGAUGAGAAGAUAUUCCAGUGAGGGAUGGAGACCGGUGCUUCUCCUUCACUAGAUGGACAGAGAGAAAGAAAAGACCCAGAACACUUGAAGAGACAGCAGAAUUAUAAUGCUGUGUCAGACUGGAAAGCUUGUAGCCCUGCUACUCACUCAACGGACACGGCAACAGGGAUGAUGGAAGGAAAUAUCUCUAGUUCUUAAAUCCCCGUUCCUAAAAGUAGUUAGCAGUAGUCAGUGGGAAGUGUGUCUGUGCUACUCUGUGAUGUGAAAUCACGACAGCGUAUAACAAAACAAAGACAACAAGUUCUGAUCAUUCACUGCCAACUGCUAAAAGAUGGACUGACUACUUUUUCAUCAGGGUCAAACCUCUCAAAUCGCUCUUCGUUACCGUGCGCAGUUGUUUUAUAAUGCAAAUCAUGGUAAAGAAGCAUUUACAAUCCAGUUGAUUUCAGUCACAAACAUGCAACAUAUUCAUUUUUACUAAUUAGAUUUUAUAAGAUAAUUUAAUUCUAGUUGAAAACUUAACCUCUGUGGAGUUUAUUUCCCUCUUUGUUUGGAUAACAAUUAAGAUUGAUAACCAAGUUGUCUUUUUUAUUUGUUGUUCUUGGUGUCCUUGACAUUGUCCAGCACAGUGCCUAUACUGUAUCGUGGUGGAGAGAGAAAUCUGAGCACUCCAUUUAAAAAAAACAACAACAACAACAACGCAUGUAGGCUGCUAAAGAAUGUACCAACAGGCAUCAAAGCACAAAAAUGAGCUUUUUGUGAAGAUGAUGAAUGAAACUUGACUGUUCUUGUUUUGCUGUCCUUCAUUGUCAAAAACACAAAAAAAAUCCUGUGGUUGCUUGGUGUCUGUACGAUGCAGCCUACAAUGCUGGCUUGUUCUUACUUGUCCUGCCCUCUUUAAAUGGAACUGAGGGCCAAUCAGAAUGGCCGCAGGAUAACCAUCGCAAACUGGCAGUUGUGACUUCAUCAGAAGGCUGAAGAUGUUGAAGAAAUUGGACAAUUGUUUUGAAUGUUGGAAAUAUAUACUGCAUGCUUUCCACUGGGUCACACACCAGGACUAUCAGCACUUCUGUGUGCGUGUGCCAGAGCAUGCCCUCAGAUCAGCUUGUACAGGACUGGAGACGACAGAAUUGUGCUUCGUUGUUGUGGGUAACUGGCACAUAUGUGUUAGUGGAUUUCAAAUCCAUAUUCUGUUGUAAGAAAAGAGAAAAAACUAAUGGAUGGUGAUAAGUUGAAUCAGAUGGAAAACUGUCGCUCCCAUACAUGGAGAAGAGUGUCACAGCUACUCUGCUUGUAUGGGGUCUAAAGAUGGCAAUUUUACCUGUAACGUGCUUUCAUACACGCCUGUGUGAAGGCAUGAUGGGUGCAUUUUAGACCUGAGCCAUCACCGAUGUGGACAUUAUGUACAGUAGCAGCAGUAUCUUGUGAUGUCAAGUACGGUACCAGUAGAGUGAACAUUAUCUGUGCCAAAAAGAGCUUAAUAUAUAUGUUUGAUCAACCAGCAAAAUGUCGAGGAGGCAACUGUUUUGUAAAGUUUAAGAUGUGCUUUGAUUCAGUUCUUUUUCCAUCAGCUCACUUACAGAAAUCCUUCUCUAUCUUUGUCAACAGCUCGGAGAAAAAGCACAUUUUACGUUAAGUUUGUUCUCCCUCAUAGUUUUUGUUACAUUCUGGUGAUGUUGCCAAAUUCUAAUCUUUGUGUUUGUCCACAUUAGUAAGAUGCAACACUGAAGUUAACUACCGUCAGCAACUCAAAUUUUUUAUGUGAGUCUGAGGUGCUUGACACAAACCUUGACACAGGUUUUUCAGAGCUAGUAGAAAGGCCGGACUACACAAACAGGGACCACGUUAAUUAGAGUUAUGCUUAUAAUGCUUUAUAAUCCAAAAAAAAAAAAAAUCCAGGGUUUAAAUUAAUGACAGAUUGUCAUUACAGGUGCUCUGUGUCAUAUAAAAUCAAGGAACAUGUUUCCGUUAUCUCAGAUCGAACCACUGCUGAGGGGCUUCAGAAUCACCCUCAGCUAAGUGUGAGCACUUUAUAAACUACAUAGCCUGUCGUGUCAAAGACGUAGAAGUAAGGGAUCUGGAUACAUUUUAAAAACAGCUGUCUGCACUGGAACACAGAUAUAAUUCAGACAAAAUGAAGUUGCACCACUGCAUUAAGACAUUUGUCUGACACUUGAAAUAGAGAAAGAAGGCUUGCAUGUGGCAGAGAGAAAUGAGUGAAGCAGUGAAAAGCAGAGACAGUAGUGAGAUAAAGAGAAAUGCAGGACAGGGAGAUGGUGAUUUUUCUCUUCUCAUGUUCAAUAUUAUUUUUUGUUUACAUUUUUAAGUAUUAAACAGCUGUUUGGGUAUGUUA